UCCGAAUUCGCCUCUUUAUAACCCGCCAUGACGUCAUCGCUCUCCCGCCGACCGGCUCGCCCUGUGCCUGCGGGCGACCGCUGGUUUUUACGGGACAUCUAACGGGACGUCGGUUCUCCCCACAGAGCUCAAUGAACAGAAUGGCCAUCCAAGCGCUGGAGAAGAUGGAGACGAGGAAGUUCAGGGCCAAAGGAAAGGGGCAGCGCGAGAGCAGCUGCGGGGCCUCUGAUUCGCUGAGCAGCAGCUCCACCUCCGACUGCGCCAUCUGCCUGGAGAAGUACAUCGACGGCGAGGAGCUGCGAGUUAUCCCCUGCGCUCACAGAUUUCACAAGAAGUGCGUGGACCCGUGGCUGCUGCAGCACCACACGUGCCCCCACUGCCGACACAACAUCAUCGAGCAAAAGAAGGGAAACGCAGGACCGGCGUGCAUGGACCCGGUCCACGGCCGGCAGCGGGUGGUGCUGCCGGUGCACUACCCGGGCAGGGUGCACCGGGCGGGCCAGGUGACGGCCUACCCGACCAGAACCAGCAUGGAUCCCCACGGCAACCCCAUCACCAUGCUCACCGUGGACCAGCACGCCGACCCGCAGGGCCUGUACCCGCCGCAGCCCGCGUCCGCCUUCCUGCGCGGCUACCACCCGGCCCUCCAUCUUGAGCACGCGCUCAACCCCCACCACUGCGGCCUGGAGCACCGCGGCCCGCCCGCCUACCCGGCGCAGCCGCACCACGCCGCCUUCAAGCGGCCCAAGUUCCACGGGCGCAGCUUUUCCCGCGCGGCCUGCUUCUCGCAGUACGAGACGAUGUACCAGCACUACUACUUCCAGGGGCUGACUUUCCCCCAGCAGCCCGAGGGGGGCCAAGGGCCCGCCGGCACCGGCGGCGGAGGAGGAGGAGGAGCGGGGGCCCACAAGGGCCACCACAGCCGGGCCUUUCAGCAGGGGCUGCUGUACAACACGGUGGUGCACAUGGCCCCCGGCUCUUCUUCGCGGUUGGGCGACGCCGGCGGCCCCUCGGGCCUGGGCUGUUACCACGGCCACCGCUCGGUGUGCAGCGGCUACCUCGCCGACUGCCCCGGCAGCGACAGCAGCAGCAGCUCCUCGGGCCCCUGCCACUGCUCCUCCAGCGACUCCAUGCUGGACUGCACCGAGGUCAGCAACCAGGGGGUGUACGGCAGCUGCUCCACCUUCCGCAGCUCGCUGAGCAGCGACUACGACCCCUACGUGUACCGGAGCAAGAGCCCGUGCCGGGGCUCCGUCGGGGAGGCGGGGGUCGCGGCUGCGGCGGCGGCGUGCAGCGCGCCACCCGCCGAGGACUCGUCCACGUCCCCGGCCCCCUCGGGACACGACGGCCUCCCGCCGCCUCCCGGGCCGGCGGGGUACAACUCGGGGGACCACGUCUCCCACUGCAGCAGUCGCUCGUCACUGGAGCCCAGGGAGCACGGCCACGCGGGCCCCGAGGCCCCCGGGCCCCCCGGGGCGGACAGGGGGAAGGGGGCGCUGGACGAGUCGGGGGAGCUCGGGGCGGCGGCCUGCAGCUGCUGCUUCGAGGUGCUCCCCCCCAGCGCGGAGUGCAAGGGGCGGGACUCGGACCAGGCGGGACGCUUUCACAGGGGGGUCGACUUUCAGAGCUCGGCCGCCAAGAACUACUUCGCCCCCUCGGAGCACAUGUGCCCCCCCUCGGAGCAGCUGAGCUACGAGGGGCUGCCCUGCUGCUUCUACAAAGAGAUGAAGGCGCACAGGGCGGCGGCGGCGGCGGGCCGCUACGCCGAGGACUACGCCGUCAGCGUGCAGUACGCCCCCGCCGACCCGGAGGCCCGCCCCGGGCAGGGCUGCUGCGAGCUCAACCAGAGGAUACCCAUAAUUCCCGAGGACACGGAUUGCGAGUCGGGCGGCGGGGGGGCGGAGACCCCAAGCGGUCCGGCGGAGGCCGGCGCGCGGCAGGGUUACUUCACCUCGGGACACUUGAGAGGUCGGCUUUACCCCCGGGAGGAGGAGGCCCGGGCUCUGUUCCACCCCCAGCUCUCCACGGCGACGGGCGAGGGGGGGCCGGGGGUUUGAGCGCAGCCUCGGCCAUCAGCACGUGUCUGGUACCCAACCGGCCGGGCGCCGAGACCCUCGGCCGCCUUGUUUCCGACCGCGCUCGCCGGGCGCCGAAUGUUUCUACUGGACGGCGGCGUGUGUCCGGUUGCUUCCCCUUGGCCCUCGGCGGUUGCGUUGCCGUGGCGCCCAGUGAAGAGGGAUGGAGGUUGUUAACGAACAGUAGGUCGGGACGCCGUCUAUUGAAGGACGGGCUGCCGCCGUCGGGGCUCCGCCCCCUUCGUCGCCGAGCAAUCCGGCCUCGUUUCUUGUGAGAUUUGUUGUUGUUGUUGUUGUUUUUUCCAGAUUUGAAUCAAGAAAAAAGGUCUUUGAGAUGUUUUUUUUCUCCCCACUCUUACUUCACAAACAUCUGCACAUGAACACUGACGGCCUCCAGAGCUUCAGAGCUUCCAGAACCAGAACCAGAUACCAAAACAGGAAGACGUGAUUGUUUCUUUUAUUUUACCUUUUAUCAAAGCAGGGAAAAGGGUCCUCCGUGGUGUGAGCGGCCCACACGUCUCUCCGAGGAGGAGAAGCUACAUUUUACAGUAAAUGCAUAGAAAUGUGAAUGACACUGGUCUCUAUUCGCUGCAGUACAGAAUUCGUUUUAUGCAUUGCAGUUCUGUGCGCUCGAGGCCGGAAUGAGACGUGGAGCCUUUCGCUGGUUUGUAGCAAUAUCUACAAGACGCCGCGGCGCUUUCGGGUCACUCGAUUCGUCUGGUUUGGAAGCCCUUUAAAGUUUGAUUUUUGAUUUUUUUUUUUUUUUUUUCGCUGUCAUACACCCAGUUUCCUCAUGAGUCAUGUCUCAUGAAAGUCGAUUGAAAGGUUCAAGCAUGUGUCAAAAGGCCAAAGGAAAGUAGCUGGAAAAGACUCGUAUGUCAUGAGGGUUUUUCUUAUCGUACUGUGACUUUAUUUUUUUUCUAAUCGAUGCAGUUCUACGUGCCGCAGUGCAUCCGUUUGUCUCAUAUCGCGUAGUACAUGGAGGCGAUAUCGAUGCUUCAUUCACGCCUUUCUGUUGUUUGUCCUGCAGACUGUUUUUAUACUGUUUCUAUGAAAUACACACGUUCUCUACAGAGGAAAUAACUAUUUAUAAGUUAACCCAGUGCUGUAAUCAAGUGAGAAUCUAAUCUUGCCUUUUGCAUAGAGAUACGUACCUACUGCAAAUAUAACAUUUUGGGGUACUUGAGUCACUAUUUAAUUUUUUUUAUUGUUUCUAGCACUUAAGAUUAAAAUGUGUACAAAAAUUAAUAUUUUUUAAUUUUUUAAGAAUAUAAUUAUUUUCUGUCAUUACCAUUACAAAUGUUUAAAAAAAAGCUAGAAAUCAUCCGUGUAUAUUUCUGUACCUGUAUAGCAAACCCAUUUCAUGAAUGGAAAAUGUUCUCUGAAUAUUUAUUUACUAAUAUAUUUAUCUUUAAGCCAUGUCUUAUGUUCAGAGUGUAUGAACGUUUGAGUUGUUUGGUUGCUUUUCAUUUUGAGAAAAAUCACUAACAUGAGACUUUGUAAAUACAUGGUAAUUGCACACAAGACGAUUAAAUCUUCUCUGACCAAAAAACUGAUUUUAAAACUUUAGUACCAUACAGUUUUGUAAUUAAAGUGUACAAAGAUCUGUAAAAUAUACAGUUUUAUUCAAGUCA